UUUUGAUCCCCAGUCAGACACACUCAUUCUCAAAUAUACCAAGACCUGAGCAAGCUACGCUUUAACACUAUGAAGAUCGCCUUCUUCUCCACGCACAGCUACGACAUUGAGUCGAUGGAGCGCAUCGCCAAGGAGGACGGUGUGACCCCAACCCAUGAGAUCACGUUCCUGGUGCCGCGUCUAGACCACACGUCUGCCAAGUUGGCCGAGGGCUGCGAAGGUGUGUGCAUCUUCGUUAACGAUAUCGCUGAUGAGGAAUCUCUACGCGCCCUGCACGCUGGUGGCACCCGCGCCGUGUUCCUGCGCUGCGCCGGCUUCGAUAUGAUCGACCUCAAGGUCGCCAAGGAGCUCGGCAUGGUCGUAACCCGCGUGCCGGCCUACUCCCCAUACGCUGUGGCCGAGCACGCUGCUGCCUUGAUGAUGACGCUGAACCGCAAGAUCCAUCGCUCGUACAACCGCACACGCGAGCAGAACUUCCGUCUCGCUGGUUUGUUGGGCUUUGAUAUCAACGGCAAGACCAUCGGUGUUGUGGGUACGGGCAAGAUUGGAGCUCUGUUCGCUCGUAUCGCUGCUGGCUUCGGUGCUAAGGUGCUUGCCUACGAUGUAGUGCAGAACCCCGAAGCACUGAGCUAUGGCGUCGAGUACGUCAGCCAAGACGAGAUCUGGACCAGUGCUGAUAUCAUCUCGCUACAUGCGCCUCUUUUCCCGAGUACCAAGCACAUGAUUAACGCCGACAGCAUUGCCAAGAUGAAACAGGGCGUGACCAUCAUUAAUACCAGUCGUGGUGGCCUUAUUGACACCAAGGCGCUGGUGGAAGGCCUAAAAAGCGGCAAGAUCGGCGGUGUCGGCCUCGAUGUCUUCGAAGGCGAGGGCGAGUACUUCUACUCGGACUGUUCUGGCGGUAUCAUCGCCGAUGAGACUCUCGCUCGUCUCUUCACCUUCCCGAACGUGAUCAUCACUGGCCACCAAGCCUUCUUCACAAAGGAGGCUUUGGACAACAUUGGUCACACCACUAUGGCCAAUAUCAAGGCGUACGCUGCCAAGGAACCGCUCGUGAACGAGGUCAAGUAAAGUAUACCAUGGCCAGUCCACUGUGAGCUUUGUGAAGCCAAUGGCAGCCUCCUCCUUAAUAUCAAAAUGCACUAUCAGUUCUUUCAUUGAAUAUUGAGCAUGGCUUCAGCUAGAGCGUCUCCAAGCGCCACGAUCUUUGCUACUGGAACUGGUCCAAUACACAGUGACACGAACUGGAUGGGGCCACGCACGUGCUGCAAGAACGUAAGGGCCUGUAUUACAGGAUGCAACCAAUGAGUACACUGCAAACAAGGCUUGGUUUGCUUGUAUGUACCUCGUCUUCUUGCUUGUAGUUUGAAGAAGUUGCGUGCUGUCUAUGGGCGGCAAAUCGACAGAGUUCUCGCCACCAGAAGUUUCUUGAUAUCUGCUUGGUGUCCAUGGUCAAUUCCAGGCUAGUAUCGGCUUUAAGUACACCCUCCCAUGCCGGAUUGAGAUAUGCUAGUGUUCUACAAGACGGAGAAGGUGAGUCUCCGAGACGAGAAGCGUAGGAGCUAUACCUUGAACAGGUUAGUGCACAACGAUGAUAAAGAUUAGUUGACAGCUACGAACCAGAUCAAGGUGGUGGGUACGUUUUUCAGCGGACUGCCGAUCUCUCUUACGCGUGCUUUUGCUCGACACAACAGCAGUUUAUCCGCCUGGAGAAGUUAAAAGAGUUAACGACGUCCAUUCUCGCCCCUUCUUCAAGUAUACGCCAACACACAACGAACCAUUUCCUUCAGCGUUUUGUCAUCCUCCGCUUGGCUACCAAAAAUUCCAAUGAAGGUGAUCAAAGGGCCCUUCGAGCUGCUUCGAAUGACCACCUUGGUGGCUAUUUGUGUCCGUGCGAGGUGGACGCAGCCGAUGUAGUGCGUGUAGUUGCACUCUCUCCGACCCACGCACUCCCCUAGUACCGUCAGAAGCAGCAGCUCUUCCGCUUCAAGUAUUUUGGGUCCAUUUGGCUGGAAAUAUUCGCCCACGAGCUCUCCGUUCUCGAGCCACGCGCCUUGCACCAAGCUGCCACUCUUGCCAACAUCAAUGCCAUCCAGCUGUCGAUACGCCACGAUAUCACGCACAGGCCGGCCUAAAACAAAGCGUGGGUCUAUGUGAAACGUAGUGAUAAUAGUAUCUACCACUUCGACUUGCUUUGCGAUGGCUGCACGCAGCUUGGACGCGUCCCAGUCGCGCAAAUUGCGUUCUCCAAGGAGAAGCACCACGGCAUCAAACACUGUGCGCAACAUUUGCCUAAUCAUAGCAUCGUUCGAUGGACAGCCACCACAAGGUUUGUCGGAUGCGAACACCAUCAACAAGUCGAUUGGCGUCAUCUCGUAGACGAUGGAGCGGUGCAUGGUCUCCAGUGCCAGCAGCUGCAGGUCGACAGAUCCGUCGUUUUCGCGCCUCGCAGCAUGGUAUAGCGCGCUUGUAACACCCACCGCAGCGCUUGGUGGUGUACAUACCUCUCCGUAAGAGCGAACCAGCAACGGGAUGCCGUCACCGCUCACGAGCAGCAGCAGCGCGUUCGUCUCGUCUGGAUCUACCUGCAUCUCUCAAGAUAUGACUACAGCUACAGUUUAUGUACAGUUGGUGUAAUUUUAUGUGGCCACAUUAAUUAACUGUGCUUUGAAUGGGCACAAUUGACUUGCUACA